AUGGCCAGAGCUACUGUCAGCCUUCAAAUUGAGAAGCUCCGUCUCCCCGAGUACAAACCCGACGAAGAGAAGGACGCAGGAUACUGUCAGCUCUUCGUCGAAACACUAAACGAACAAGCGUUAACCUGGUUCUCCCAACUCAGCGAGAACUCGAUUCGAAGUUUCCGAGACCUCUCAGCUGUGUUUCUCAAGACUUACAUCAUGUUCACAAAGCGAGCAGUAACCGCUUCUAGCCUGUGGAAUAUGGCGCAAACAAAGGACCAAAGCCUUAAAGACUACAUGGAAAAGUUCAAGACAAUCGUUUCCCGAGUCGACGUUCCCGAUCACAUCGCUAUCGACGCCUUGAUGAACACCCUCCUCGUCAAUUCGAAGUUUCGAAAGGACUUGUAUUCCAACCCUACGACUUCGCUCCCUGACGCUAUCGCCAGAUCUCACAACUUCAUCCGAAUGGAAGAAGACACCAAGGCGAUAAUCCGAAAGCAGAAAGCCGCCAAGCCUGCAGCAGCCAAGAGUGCGGGUGCUCGGACAGAGCCGCGCCAGCACGCACCAAGUGAUACUGGCAGCAAAAAGGGCGGUCUCCUCUACGUCGUAGAUGAGAACAACGCCCCCGUUUCAACCAUGGUCAUGCACGACAAAAAAUGGAAUGUCUAUCAGCGAGAAACCGACUCUCCCGAUGCGUCUCCCAGUACCCCGAGUGCUGGAACCGUGGCUAAAGUCGAUUCGGCGACGGGACCGACCAGAACGCCCAUCGAUCUUACGAAGAAUUGCAAGUAUCACGACGUCAAGGGGCACGAUACGACUGAGUGCAAAUCUCUCUACGCCCAGUUCCUCUCCUCGAUCGAAAGCGGAGAUUACAAGAUCCAGCCGCCGAAACCCAAACCGAAGGGGGAGAACAGCUGGAGCAGGAACAAAGACAAGAAAGCUCAGCGAAAAUCGCAGGGCAAAAACCAAGUUGAGGAUCCUAUCAAGUUAUCUGGUAAACUCACCAGAGCUCUUCACAGGAAGCUGCAGCACAGCCCUAAUAAUUGGGGAGCUUAUACCACUUCGAGAGUUGGGUAA